AGUUGUAAGGGGGCGCCACCUGGAUUCAAUUGCAUGGCUGAUUGCCGUUACGCACGGUGUCGUAAAAUGGCCGUUGGUUUCUCACAGCGGGAGAGUUGUCACGGGAGGAUUCGCGCGGUGCGGAGUGCACAGCUCGGAAAGGCUGGAAACCAGUGCAGUUUGUUGUCCACUAAUUAGCCUCGUCACCCGUUCCUGCCGUCCGCCCGAUGAUCGCCUGGGGCCUCGUGACGUCACGGAGUUUUGUAAAUGAGAAGGAAACACAGAAAAUGGCGAAGUUGCUGGUGUUACGGAUGCUGUGAUCCAUAUUAAUUACGGUGUAUCGCGGACUUGCGGCGUAUGGUGGAUACAAAAAAUGGACUGAAUAUGUGUGUUAAGUGUUGUUCUUCCGUGUAGUGAUCUAGAUGCAAUGGCUGCGAAUAUGUAUAGGGUUGGAGACUAUGUCUUUUUUGAGACAUCCUCCACCUCACCCUACCAGAUACGUAGGAUUGAAGAAUUGAAUAAGACUUUAAAUGGCAAUGUGGAAGCCAAAGUGAUGUGCUUCUAUCGGAGGAGAGAUAUCUCCUCAUCCCUCAUCUCAUUAGCUGACAAGCAUCAGAGUGCCUUAGAGGAGGAGGGUGGCAGCGGCAGCGGCAGUGGCAGUGGCGCCGGCGGAGACCGCGAGGGCGGCGAGUCAGACGCGGCGCUCCAGCGUCACCUGCUCAACCAGCGCGAGCUGUUCCUGUCACGGCAGGUGGAAACGCUGCCGGCCACCCACAUCCGCGGCAAAUGCUCCGUCACACUGCUCAACGAGACAGAGAGUCCCGAGAGCUACACAGGCAGAGAGAACUGUUUCUUCUACUCGCUAGUGUACGACCCUCAGCAGAAGACGCUGCUCGCCGACAAGGGCGAGAUCCGCGUCGGCGGCAAAUACCAGGCGGACAUGUCAGUGGCGACACUGCGGCCGCCCGGCGAGCCCGACCCGCGCCGAUCCGAGGACCUGGAGACGCUCGUCUGGACGCCCAACCACGACCUACCCGACCGACAGAUCGACCAGUUCAUGGUUAUCGCCAGGUCGGUGGGGACGUUCGCGCGCGCCCUGGACUGCUCCAGCUCCGUCAAACAGCCCAGCCUGCAUAUGAGCGCUGCUGCCGCCUCCCGCGACAUCACGCUGUUCCACGCUAUGGACGUGCUCCAUAAGAACGGCUACGACAUGUCGCGCGCGCUGGCCUCGCUGGUGCCCAGCAGCGGUCCCGUCCUCUGCCGAGACGAGAUGGAAGAGUGGUCCGCCAGCGAGGCCAACCUCUUCGAGGAGGCGCUCGAAAAGUACGGCAAAGACUUCAACGACGUCCGGCAAGACUUUUUACCAUGGAAGAGUAACGCCCAGCUGGUAGAGUACUACUACAUGUGGAAGACGACCGACCGGUAUGUGCAGCAGAAGCGCGUCAAGGCUGUCGAGGCCGAGUCGCGCCUCAAACAGGUCUACAUUCCAAACUACAACAAACCCAACCCGGCCGCGCUGAGCAACGGCAAAAUGGUCAACGGCGCCGGCGGACCCGACUCGGGCCGGCCCUGCUCCGGAUGCUCGGAGACGCACUCGCCGCAGUGGUACUCCUGGGGCGCCGCGCACCUGGGCGGCCGGCUCUGCGCCGCCUGCUGGGACCGCUGGAAAAAGUACGGCGGCGUGCUCAAACCGAACGUGGAGGAGGGCGCCGGCGCCGAGCGACCGCCCUCUGCCGGCGGCGAGAGCGAGCACUCGGCCGGCUCGGCGUCGCUGGUGAAGCUGCACCGCUGUCCGGCGUCCGGCUGCCCGCAGGAGUUCCGCCAGCGCGGCCAGCUGAUCCGGCACGCGGCCAACGCGCACGGCCUGCUGCUGCCGGGCACGGGCAGCACGCGGCCCGUCACACGCACACGGCCCAGCUUCUUCCUGGCGCCCACGCCGAUGACGCGCCUGUCGCGCCGGCUGUGCCGGCACCUGAUCAAGCCGCGGCGCGCCGCGCGCACGCCCAUCCACGCCAUCAACGUGGCCGCCAUACGCGCCGAGUGCAGCCAGCUGAUGUCGGAGCGCAGUGAGGAGGAACUGCAGGCGCUACUGCAGGCGCGCUGCAAGCCGCGCGACCGGGGCACGGCGGCCGCCAUCGGGCCCAAGCUGGGCCACCAGCUGCAGCACCCCGAGUGGAUGGUGCCGGCGCCCGGGCCGGCGCCGCAACCCGACCGCGUCGCCUUCCCCAAGCCGCCCAAGGCGCCCGAUGGCAGCCUGAUUUACACACCGGUCGAGAGUAAGAUCCAGCUCAACUCGAGCGUCACACUGAUGAGGAAGCGACCUUACGAGGAGACCAACGGCAUCGAUGUGAGCAUCUCGAAGCGUCCCCGCGACUCUGUAUCGAUCACACCGAUCCCGGCCCCCACUGCGGCGCCACCGCCGGCGGCCCCUCGCUCGGGGAAUCACGUGAACGGCGGCGGCCGGGCCAAGAUCGCAGCCGUCACCCGACUGGGCGGCGGACGUCAGAAGGUGAUCCCCCUGGCGGACGCGCCCGACGACGUGUUUCACGUGGCCAACGCCAAUACCAAGCGGAUGCGCCGCCGUCUGACGCCGCCGGAGCUGCGCCGAGCCGCCCGCAAGCCGUGGCGGCGCCUGGCAGUGACCAUGUGAACGAACUCGGCCGCCGCCGCCGCCGCCGCCGGCUGAACCGCCACCGGACGCCGCCAGUGUACAAAGUCUCGCUCGCGCCGGGUCAGCCGGCCGGACGGCGCCCGCGCGCGGCGCGCAGGUGUGCCGUGAGUGUCAGCCAAUCAAAACACGGACUGGACCGGGACGCCGGCGGCGCCGCCUGCGCCGCGUCGCGCGCCGGCCGCGUGUGUGUCACCGUCACUGGCUGCCGCCGCCGCCGCCGCUGCCGCCGCCCACAUACACCACCACACCACACGUCACGCCGCCCCCGAGCUGUUUUGUUUGUUCUCUACCGAAAUGUGUGCACGUGACCGCGUCUCUGCCCUGUGGACACCGUCUGGGUUUCUGGCGCGAUGGUCGCCACUGUUUCUCUGUGCUCUGUCGCUCCAUGUCUCUGCCCAGCCCUCUCUGCGCAUCGCUCUCUCGCUCUCUCUCUCUCUGCGUUCGCGCGCCUCCCGCCGCCCGGUGUAGGAGCGCGCGCGUGCGCCGCGCCGACACCGAUAGGUUUACGUCUGGACGCGAAUGUUCGGCCGCACAGCGCGCGUGAAUUGCUAUUUAUUCCAGCUGUCAUGUCAUUUUUAUCUCAGUAAUAAACAGCUAGUGUUCUUGCCCGGGA